GAGCAUACGAUCCGUUGAAAGAUAGUGGGUACGGUAGUACAAGAGAUUCAACGGGUCAUGUUUUGUUUCAUUUCAGGGUUGGCUAGUCCUACGGAUAACAACAUUCAGAGUUGACUUUGAAUUUCAAUCUCUCACCUACUUCGAUAUCUAUACUCUCAAAUUGAUCGGCUUGAGCUCUUGGGAUACAUAACAUGUUUCUACCGUUUUGACUCGAGUUGAGUUUCUAGACUAUUGGGCUGCUUCUGCUUAGUCCCAAAUUAAUCUAAGUUCAUCCUGAUAGGCCAAUUUUCAUAAUUUCGUUGGAAUCACAGGCCUAUACCCCAGAAAAAAAUGACGGCAGUUGUUGUCCCUUCGUCCAAGUCCAGACUCCCGGAAGUGAACAUGCCGAAGACCAUCUUACCAACCACUCCGUGUAGUGGUCCAAGCAACUACUCAAUAGACUUCCUUCUUGGGAGAAAAGCCCCCGCUCUUGAAAGAUCUAGUCGGAAAGUGAUGGCCCGAGACCGGUCACCUAUCCGGGUGGAACACAGCGAAGGCUACCAUGACAAGGAUGACCACGGAAGGGCGCGUUACCAUCGUGAUGUUUAUGACUUUGAAUCGACGGAUGACAGAGACGUUGACUUCAUGACAUCGGUGAAAUCAUCCUCCAACUCCUCCACCUCACCAUCAUCAAGAGGAGAUCGGUUCAUACCAUCAUCACUUCCAUUGGCAUCAUCACCGUCACGCAAUCUACCAACAUCGAACAUCCCUCACAUCAACCCAGCACUCAUUUCACCGACAUCAUCCACGCAUUCAUCAUCUUCAUCGUCCCUAGAUUCCGACUUCUCCGCCGCGAUCGACAGAACAACGAUGUCAGGAGACGAGGCGAACGCAGCGGAUGAUGCCGAUAGUUCCUCACGGAAGCUCCGACGAUCUAGGACAACUUUCACCACCUUUCAGCUACAUCAGUUGGAGCGAGCAUUCGAGAUGACCCAGUAUCCCGAUGUCUUCAUGAGAGAGGAACUGGCCCUCCGACUAGACCUGAGCGAAUCAAGAGUUCAGGUUUGGUUCCAGAACCGACGGGCUAAAUGGCGUAAGAAGGAAAAACUCUUCGACCGUAAGAGUCCUUGUAGUUUUGGUGGCUUCGGGAAACCAUAUCCUACCGAGAUGACCAAAAUGGCGGAUCCCUUUCUUCAUCCGAUGGACAGACCAAGCCAUCCAUUAGCAUUCUCAAACCGAGGAAUGACGGGCAUCCCCUUACCAGCUAACCCAUUCGGUCUAGGAAUACCCUCUCAACUUCCAGCAGCGCCACCACCCCUAUGGAUUGCCAACCCCUAUUUGGCCGGAGUUCUGCGCGGUGGCGAACCUCCACACUUUGCAUUUCAGCACACAACUGACAUCGAUUUAUUAAGAACCGGCCAAAAGGCUAUGGACCUGGUUAGUUUGUCUGGGGUUGGAGCGUUACAACAAGGCACCAAACUCCCACAUUCCCUACCAAUCACGAUCCCGAAACUUUACAUGUCUCCAGCUGAAAAGGGUCGGAGAAUGGAAGAAGAAACAAGGAAAAAGAAAAGCAUCGAUACCCUUCGAUCCAAGGCCAAGGAUCAUUCUUUCAGUGACUCCUCCUGUUCUUCACCUCCUAGUUCACCACUUUCCAUCCAAUAAUCAAACUGAUCGUAAGAAAUAUUGAAGCC